GCUUGUUUUUCCAGAUCCAAGUAUUUUAGAACAUGUUCAACAGGAGAACACUUCACCAUAGAGUUUGAGAACCUGGUGGAAAGCGAUGAGGGGGAAAGCCCAGGAAGCAGCCACAGGCCUCUGACUGAGGAAGAAAUUGCAGACCUGAAAGACAGACACUACGACUCCAUCGCUGAGAAGCAGAGGGUUGUUGAUCUGAAGCUUCAGUCAGAGUUAGCCUUACAAGAGGAGAAGUUAAGACUAGAAGAGGAGGCUUUAUAUGCUGCACAGCGUGAAGCAGCCAGGGCAGCAAAGCAGAAAAAGCUCUUGGAGCAACGUAGGCAGCACAGGAUAACGCAGAGAGCACACCCUGUUAAUAAUGGAGAGUUCCAGAGCUCCGUGGCAGAGGAAGAUCUCGAUCCUUUCCUAAGGAAUACAAAAUUCCAGUAUGAAGCUUUCCGAAGCAGUAGACUUUCAUCUGAUGCCACGGUGCUGACACCCAACACCGAGAGCAGCUGUGACUUGAUGACCAAAACCAAAUCAGUGAGUGGGAACGAUGACAGCACCUCCCUGGAUUUAGAGUGGGAAGAUGAAGAAGGCAUGAACAGGAUGAUUCCGGUGAGGGAACGCUCCAAGACGGAGGAGGACAUCCUGCGGGCAGCGCUGAAAUUCAACAGCAGGAAGGCAGGAAGCCACCCAGCCUCAGCCUCCGACGAUUCCAACGGGCUGGAGUGGGAGAAUGACUUUGUCAGCGCCGAGAUGGACGACAACGGCAACUCCGAGUACGCCGGCUUCGUCAACCCCGUGCUGGAACUGUCGGCCUCGGAUGUCAGGCUGUCAGAUUCCGAGCGCCAGGACAGAUAGUGACCAUGUCUGCACGGCCCCUGCCUGUGACCAAAUGCUGGAAAGGGAAAUGGAAUGUACAAAGCCAAUCUGCUCUUUUGUAACCCGCUUCCCUUCUUCUUGCGCGCGGCCCGGCCAGGAACGGCAAGGACUCGCCGUCUGAAGGAAUUCAGAACUAAGUGCAAUUUUAUCAUCUACCUUCUCCACUUUUGUGAAAACUGGGAUGAUUCUAUUGUGUAUAUUUCUGGAUAUCUGGAUUUAAUAUAAAAUGAUCUGCACUAAUUGAAGCUUUGUAGCUUGACUUAUCUAUAUUUUAACUUGCCUUUUUUUUUUUUUUUUUUUUUUUUGGUGAUGUUUCUAUUGAUUUUGUUUUGAAAUUGAUCAUUGGCCUAAUAUUUAUCUCAGAAUAAGUCUCGUAUAAUUUAUUUAAUACUUGAAGAUAGAGAAACAAUUUUAAAAUAUUUUUACUUCUGGUCUGUGCUUUUUGACUCGCUCUUCAGCUGCUUAGAGGGUGCAAAAGUAAGAGCUGCAAAAUGGAUUUGACACGUGGCAAAUUGCAGAUUUUCCCCUGUUUAGCUUUAAGUCUUCCUAGUCUUGUGUUGUCCUUUUUCCCUUCACUUUAUUUUUUUAAUUGCUUUAUGCCAAGCACGGUUAACCUCAAUGAACAUAGUAAAACUCAUCAGGUUCGGUAAGAUAUUGUCUUGUAUAACAUGCCAGGCUUAGUAAGUGCGUGCUAGAUAGAGAAACAAAAAUAAAAUAAAAUACAAAUUCUCUACGUGUCAAUAAAGAGGGAAUUUUAACCAGUCGAGAACUGGGAGGACCAAAGUCUUGUUUUCCCUGGACAGACCAACAUGUGUUGCUACACAGUCCUAAAAAUUCCUCAGUUGUGGAAAAGUGAUAAUUCCAAUGGACCAGAACAGUUAUGGAAAAGCAACACUCAGUGAGCCAGCUGGGGUAGGGAUGAUGCUGCUGCUGCUGGGGUGGGAAGAACAAGAACCUAAAGACUGAAUUUCUGUAUCUGCAUUUUGAAAAGGAAGAAGAAAAAUUCGUGUUUUAACAGUGUGUUGAAGUGCUCUGCCUUUCCUGUGCCUCUGAAGUGGGUGGUUAAUCCAUGAAAUCCAUGGAGGUGUUCAGUGACUGCACUGCUGGUGUCCUGUGCUGUGCGGUCUCCUCCAGUAUUCCAUGUAAAUCUUACUUUUUAAUAAGAGAACCUGCAGAAUACUUGCAGAUCUCAAGCUUUCCCCAAAGUUUCAAAGCAAAGCCAUUCUGCUCUGCCAUUAUUUUGUGUAGCUGUCUCGUUUUUCCAUGGAAAAAAAAGGGUGACAGGGUUUAACUUUGUUUUGGAGUAAAAGGAACAGGUUGUGAUAAGAAAUGACCCUGCGCUGUCAUCAUCUGAAUUUGUUGGUGAAAGUUGUGUCACUGGUUGAGAUUAUCUGAAACUGUUUGGAAUAUUUGGGUCAUUACAGCGUGGAUAAGGAACAAAAAUACUGCACACUGGGAUGAAAUAUGUACAAAUAACCUGAGAGAACAGAUAAAUCCUGUUGGUGACAUUCCAUCUCUUCCUUUCAGUUGUAGCUAUGUCACUGGAAAUAUCUUCAUGCCAUUAUUUAUAUUUGCAAUACUUGUAAUGAGCUUUAAAUAUCUGUACACAUCAAAUGUAUAUUUUGGGUUUGGCCUAAGCUACUGCUGUGUGACUUCUCCUGGACCUUCCUUUGUACAAUAUAUUCCUAUGGGAAGGAAGGCAACUUCCUCAACAUGUACAUAACAUGUUUUUUACCUGCCGAAACUGCCACCUCCCCUGCAGCGGUCACUGCUUUUCCUGGCCAGUGAACAUGAGGUGGCCUUGUCCUGACCAUGCCUUGAGGAAGUCAAUUAGCUGACAGUCCUGCCCUCAGGAUGAACAAGCACCUAGGAAAAAGGAGGCUGACUCCAGCUUUUUCAGUGAUGGGCAUGUUCAGUAGCCACGGUUCGCGAUAACCCGUGCGGCGCUCAGCGCGCCACGCUGAGUGACUCUGAAGCGAUGCUCCGUAUUUGUGGAUGUUUCAGAAACUGAGAGAUUCUAUAAGCAGCUCAUGUGAAACAAUUCAAGGGUACUGUAAAAUGCAUAUCUGUACAAAAUUUAAAAGUCAUUAAAAUUUUCAGCAAGUCUUA